GGAAACUUAUAUACUCUCGCGAUAACUGCGAGUAUUCCUCUUUGCGUUGGAAGCUGCUUCCAAGAUGUCUCUCGUAAUUCCCGAGAAGUUUCAGCACAUUCUGCGUGUUCUCAACACGAACAUCGACGGGAGGAGGAAGAUCGCCUUCGCUAUCACCGCCAUCAAGGGGGUCGGCAGACGUUACGCACAUGUCGUGCUCAGGAAGGCCGAUAUCGACCUCAACAAGAGAGCAGGGGAACUGACUGAUGACGAGGUUGAGAGAGUGGUGACCAUCAUGCAGAACCCGCGGCAGUACAAAAUCCCUGACUGGUUCCUGAACAGGCAGAAGGACGUGAAGGAUGGCAAAUACAGCCAGGUUCUCGCCAACGGCCUGGACAACAAGCUGAGAGAGGAUCUGGAGAGGCUGAAGAAGAUCCGGGCUCACCGUGGUCUCCGGCACUUCUGGGGUCUUCGCGUGCGUGGUCAGCACACCAAGACCACCGGUCGCCGUGGUCGCACCGUGGGUGUGUCCAAGAAGAAGUAGGCGGUCCCCCUUCACCCAAACGUCAAUAAAAUGUAGUUUUUCCCAA